AUGCCGAUCAACCAACCCUCCAACCAGAUCAAAUUUACAAAUGUGUCUGUUGUUCGACUAAAGAAAGGAAAAAAGCGUUUCGAGUUAGCCUGCUACAAGAACAAACUGCUCGAAUACCGAUCCGGCGCUGAAAAAGAUCUCGAUAACGUCCUCCAAGUCCCAACAGUAUUCCUUUCCGUAUCCAAAGCUCAAACCGCCCCCUCGGCCGAACUUGCCAAGUCAUUUGGCGCAGACACUCCUCGCGAUGAGAUUUUGCAAGAAAUUUUGCGCAAAGGAGAAGUGCAAGUAGGCGAGCGAGAACGCAAGGAUAUUCUUGACCGCGUGGAGAAGGAAGUUUUGGAUAUCGUCUCCGGUCGACUCGUGGACCCCACCACCAAGCGCGUGUACACAUCGGGAAUGAUCUCUAAGGCGCUGGACCAGCUGAGCUCGGCCAGUGGACAACAGCAAACUGGUGAUGGACCUGGCGCGGGCGAUGAACAGCCUAAGAAGCCGAUGUGGACAGGUGUUUCGUCAAACCGAUCUGCAAAGAGUCAAGCACUGGACGCCAUGAAGGCUCUUAUUGCCUGGCAACCCAUUCCUGUAAUGCGCGCUCGGAUGCGUCUGCGUGUUACUUGUCCUGUAUCACUUCUUAAGCAGUCUGUCAAAGCUGCCCCUGCUGCGGGGGCUGGCAAAGAGAAGGAAUCUUCUUCGGGCGGAUCAAAGUCCAACAAGAAGGGCAAGGGCUCAAAGAAGUCUGCUAAGCGGGGAGAUGAUUCUGAUGCGGAGGCCGGAGACUCUGAUGCUGAGGGAGCGCCCAAGGCUGCAGGAACCGUGAGAGACAAAAUCAUGGGCUAUAUUGAGUCAGUGGAGUCACAAGAGGUUGUUGGCGGCGAUGAGUGGGAAGUCGUUGGUUUUGCUGAGCCUGGUGCGUUUAAGGGAUUGAAUGAUUUUGUUGGCAACGAGACCCGUGGUCGUGGACGAGUGGAAGUUUUGGACAUGUCGGUGACACAUGAGGAUUAA